UGGAGUGGGGGGAGAAUGUGGAGAAGGGCUGUGUGUUUGAUUGCAAGAAGACCCUUUUCAUCAGAACCAGAAAUUCCAACCCUUUAUUCGUUUCUGCAGCCUUCAGUUUUUUCACUAAAGAGAUCAAACAAAGAACCCUUAAACCCCUUACCAAAACCUCAAGAGUCCACUUCAAAAGGGCUAUCCCAAGAUCACAUUACCACUCUUGAGUCCACUCUUCAGUCCUCCCUCAUCAGCCAAAACAUAGAUGAAGCAUGGAAAUCUUUCAAAACCCUCACCAAUUCCUCUUCUUUUCCCAGUAAGUCCCUUACGAAUUCACUAAUUAGCCACUUGUCUUCAUUAAAUGAUACUCACAAUCUUAAAAGAGCAUUUGCAACAGUUGUCUAUUUGAUAGAAAAGAAUCCAGAAUUGUUAGAAUAUGAAUCUGUAACGACCGUUUUGAAUUCUAUGAAGAAUGGCAAUACUGCUGCCCCCGUUAUUGCAUUGGUUAAGUGUAUGUUCAAGAACAGAUUUUUCCUGCCUUUUAAGUUGUGGGGUGGUGUUCUGGUCCAUAUUAGUAGGAAAAGCGGUAGCUUUAUCGCGUAUUUGAGCAUUUUUAACGAGACUUGUAGGAUUGCUAUUGAUGAGAAGUUAGACUUCUUGAAGCCUGAUUUGAUAGCUUGUAAUGCUGCAUUGGAGGGGUGUUGCUGUGAGAUUGAAUCCGUUACUGAGGCUGAUAGAGUUGUAGAGAUGAUGUCUGUAUUGGGUAUUAGGCCCGAUGAGUUUAGCUUCAGUUACCUUGGGUAUUUGUAUGCCUUGAAGGGGCUUGAGGGCAAAAUUUCUGAGUUAGAAGCUUUGAUUGGAAAAUUUGGCCUUUCUAGCAAAAAUGUUUUUCUUAGUAAAUUGGUUAGUGGAUAUUUGAAGUCAGGUAACUUGGAUUUUGUUUCGGCAACUAUUCUGCGUAGUGUCAAAGAAGGGAAUGAACAAGGUGCAUGCUUUACUGAAGAAACUUAUGGUGAAGUUGUUAAAGGAUAUCUUGAAAAGGGGAGCACAAAAGUUUUGGCAAACCUGAUUGUUGAAGCUCAGAAGUUGGAACCUUCAUCUGUUAUAGUUGAGAGAACUAUUGGAUUUGGUAUUAUCAAUGCUUGCGUUAGCAAUGGUUUGUUAGAUAAGGCACAUAGCAUAGUUGAUGAAAUGAAUGCACAAGGAGCUAGUGUUGGGUUGGGGGUUUAUGCGUCAAUCUUAAAAGCUUAUUGCAGAGAGCAACGAACGGCUGAAGCUGCUCAAUUGGUUGCAGAGAUAAGUAAUUCCGGACUCCAGUUGGAUGUUGAUAGUUAUGAUGCUCUAAUAGAGGCAUCCAUGUCUUGUCAAGACUUUCAAUCAGCUUUUUCUUUGUUUAGGGACAUGAGAGAAGCAAGAAUACCUGACCUGAAAGCGAGCUAUCUGACUAUAAUGACAGGUUUAACUGAAAGCCAUCGACCUGAACUGAUGGCAGCAUUCUUGGAUAAGGUUGUCGGGGACCCUCGAAUUGAAAUUGGUACCCACGAUUGGAAUUCAAUUAUCCAUGCUUUCUGUAAGGCUGGGAGACUGGAAGAUGCCAGGAGGACUUUGAGGAGGAUGAUUUUCCUUCAAUUCGAGCCAAAUGAACAGACUUAUCUUUCCCUAAUUAAUGGGUAUGUGGCAGCAGAGAAGUAUUUUAGCGUUUUGAUGUUAUGGAAUGAGGUGAAGAGAAAGGUUUCGAUUGAAGGGGAGAAGAAAAUCAAGCUAGACAAUAACUUGGUUGACGCUUUCCUAUAUGCUUUGGUUAAAGGGGGUUUCUUUGACGCUGUGAUGCAAGUUGUGGAGAAAUCUCAAGCAAUGAAGAUAUUUGUUGAUAAAUGGAGGUACAAACAAGCAUUCAUGGAGACACACAAGAAGCUCAAAGUUUCAAAGUUGAGGAGGAGGAACUUCAGGAAAAUGGAAGCACUGAUCGCAUUCAAGAACUGGGCUGGUCUAAAUGCAUGAUGAAUCUUUUUAAUUAUUUUCUGCAGAAAUGCCCAGUGCUCCUGCUUGUAGGAUUACUUCAACAAGCAGGUCUUGAUGUUUCAUUUAGCAAAGCUAAACUGAUGCUGGUUCUUGUUCCGCUUGAAGUUAAGGUAUUCUUGAAAGCCUCAGAUCUUUCCAUAUUGUAUAGUGCGUAAUAUCUGAAGCACUCACAAAGGCAAAAAUAUAUCCAGUUUUCUUGACCGAGAUGAUAUUCCAGCUGCAAAGCCUGCUGCUAUUCAUAGGAAAAGGGCAACAAGGGGAGGAAGGCUGAGGAAAAUUUAAAGACUUAUGUGCUUCAUUGGAAUAAGUUAGUGUUACAUGAGUUUCAUCAUUUUUUAUUCUCUUGAUUUCCCAAUUAGCAGCUUCAGUUCUGCAUGUUGCUGCUAUUUCCUUUGCUAGGGAUACAGAGAACAUGUAACACUUGGAUAUACGGAAUGCAAGUACAAGGUUAGCUAGUAGGUGGAUAAUUAUAAAUUUACAGCAUUUAUGGCUGGGAAUAGGCAUUCAUUUAUUUUUCGUUUUCAAUAUUUGAAUUAUGAGUGUACAAUAACUUUCAUGGUGCUCUAGUUUUUUCUUCUUUUUUUUUUUAAUUCCUUUUAGGUGCUUGUUUUUAAUAGGAUUUGAAUUGUCAGUAUCUAUUAUCUACUUGCUGUGUAUCCUUUUUGACUGCCCACCGCUGUAAUUACUAAUUACAGCCUAGGAAAAAUUUAAUCCAAAGUUAGCUAAUUUUGGUUCAGAUAUUGGUAGUGUGCGGUCACAUAAUCUUGCUGGAAUGCUUAAUCGCCCUAUGCCAGCAGCAGAUGGAUACAUUGGGGCUGGCUAGUUUUUAGAGUUUUUAUCAACCCAAAAGCCAUAGUGCUUUUCAGCUAGAACCCAUCAUAAAGCCGGGCUCUUCUUUUCAGGAACUUUGACAUUAUAUACACCUUCACCGAAAAGUGUAAAAUUCCCCGUUCCUCUGCCAGUUUUCAUCUUUUAUAUGCCCCAAUAACGAAUUGCUCCAUCUUCUGUACCAGGCUCUUCAAUGUCACAUUUUACAAUUUUUUGGCAAGUUAUUGUCCUGCUUCUCUUAAUUCACUCAAUUCAGGCAAAUCAUGCCAUUCCCAGCAUCAUUCCUAUCAAUGGCACAUGUCAUGAUACUUGUGGUGGUGUUCCCAUAAAGUUUCCCUUUGGUUCUGGAUUUGGUUGUGGGCAUCCUCACUUUGCUAGAUACAUCAGAUGCAGUUCUGGGGUGCUCCAGUUCACCACUGGCACUGGCAUAUACACUGUAUCCUCAAUAGACUACUCAAGCAACACCAUUCUUGUUACAGAUCCUCUCAUGUCAACCUGUUCUUCAAUGCAGAACUCAGGAAGCUUUAUAUUGGAUCGCGAGAGCCCAUUCAGCAUAACAACAGACAAUGUAUUUGUUCUGCUUGGAUGCUCCACAACAUCUCCAGUGUUUGAUAAAAGACAAGAUCUAUGCGAUACAGGUUCAGGCUCAAAUAUAUGCAGAGGCUUGUAUUCUUGCAAUGCAAUUACUGGGAUUGGGUUGGUACCAAGUGCACCAAUAUCCACCUGUUGUGUUUAUGAACCUCCAAUUCCUCUCGGUUCAGGUUAUGGUUUGGAUCUUCCUAAGCUCCAAUGCUCAUCAUAUUCAUCAGUUAUUGGUUUUGGAGGGGACGAAGGAAAUCCAAUGAAAUGGCAGUAUGGGAUUCCAUUGCAAUUCAAUGGCUCAUAUUAUACAGAAUCGUGCAAAAACUGCGAGGAUAGUGGAGGGUCCUGUGGUUUUUCUGGUUUCAACCAGUCAUUUGCCUGUAUUUGCAAGAAUGGAAUGAAUACCACCAUCAAUUGCUACGGACGAGGAUAUGCUUGGAGUGGGACAUGGAGACGCAGAAUUCAAACGAAAUUAUGUCUCGGAGGAUUUCUGAUCGUGUGGAUGACACUUUUCAUUUGAAGAAGCAAUUCUUUAUUUUGGUUUUCUAGCUGUGGGUGGAAGAGUUCCGGAAUUGCCUGAGAGAUUGUCGCUUUGGAAACAUCUUCUUCUAGUGCUAUAUUGUCUAUUUCUUUCUUUCUUUCGGCAGAUGUAAAAUGACAGAGGGAUUUCCACAAAAGUUGCUCUACAGUUUCUUUAUCCAAUACCCGAUGUGCAUGGUGUUUGCCAAUGUUCUAUUCGACUGCACAAGAAGUUUAGGAACAUGGAUUGAGUCCAUAACCAUUGUGAUUAAGAUGAAGAUGGAAGGUGAAAUGUGAGCAGAUUAUACAUAAGACUGCCAAAUUAGGCUGCAGUUAUCAAACCAGUGACACAGUUACCAACGGGUUAUAACUAUACAAUUGUCAUUUGUCAAAGCAAAUUGAAUUAUUGAUUGUUCAGAUGUGUUUAA